UCUUUGGUAUCUUCAUCAAAAACAAAAAAUGAAAUUUGAAGAGCUCAUCAUGCAAGAGACUCAAGAGAAGCAAAAAACAAUGGAUCUUCAACAAGAGGUUGAUCAACUUGAAGCAGAAUUAGAAGAAGAGUUGAAACUGAGCAAAAUCUUGAAGUAUGCAUUGGAUGGUCCCAUUCACCCUUGUUGUCCCUGUUUCUCUUCUCAAACUCAACUUCCCUUUAAGAUAAAAGAACUACUCACAGAACUGGCUACAGUUGAAGAAGAAAUAGCAUGGCUGGAGAAAAAAGUCGACAAACUAAGCCUCAGCAUGUACUUGGAGAAAAAACACACUCGCGAAUGGGAGUUGCAGCACCUAAAUAACCCUCAUCCACAACGUCACCACAGACCACGAAAGCAGUCAGUUAGAAGACAACAAAUUCGAUCAAAGUUCAUGGAUUAUGAGAUACAAAAUUCUGAUCCUGGGAAACGACGAUCAUCAGUUAGCUCAUCCACUGACUUCAUGUAUAAUAAACUUCAACUUUCAGUUUUGGAUAAAAAAAAUCCAAACAAGCUGUCAGAAGAUCUUAUUAAGUGUUUAAUAGGAAUAUUUCUUGAACUGAAUCAACCUUUGUUAGAUGGUGAAGAAAUGUUACCUAAACAACUCUCGUGCAUGAGCUCAAAAAACUUCAUUUCUAGAACAGCCUUCAAUUGUACCGCCCCAACAUUUUUCUUCAAUGAUAACGGUUCAGAUCUUGACCCAUAUGCUAUAUUACUUGACGUUGAUGGCGGAAUCAGAGACAUUGGCCCAUACAAGACGUUCACCCAAAUCACACGAAAUACAUUAGACCAUACUCGCAUAUCUAACUGUUCUUCAGAAGUUGGAAAACUCAGUGUUUUGAUGCAGAAACUCUGCACUGUGAACUUGGUCUUGUUGACAUAUAAACAGAAGUUAGCAUUUUGGAUCAAUAUAUACAAUGCCUGCAUAAUGCAUGCGUUUCUACAACACGGAUUGCCUUCAACGCAGGAGAAACUUCUGGUUCUCAUGAACAAGGCAGUAAUCAACGUGGGCGGUAUUGUGGUAAAUGCACUAGGCAUUGAGUAUUUCAUUCUUAGACAUCCAUCCAGCUCCAAUCAAGGUCCAGCAGAUGAGAGGGAAAACCUACUACGACACACAUAUGGACUCGGGUUUCCAGAACCCAAUGUUACAUUCGCUCUUUGUAGAGGGACCUGGUCUUCACCGGCACUAAGGGUUUAUACAGCAGAGGACAUAGUGAAUGAAUUAGCAAGAGCAAGAUUAGAGUAUCUCGAAGCUUCAGUGGGGGUUGUUAGCAAGAAAAAAAUUAUGGUACCGAAGCUUCUGAAAUGGCACAUAAAGGAUUUUGCGGAUGACAUGGAGUCGCUUCUGGAGUGGAUUUAUAGCCAGUUGCCAAAUUCGGGCUCUCUCAAAAAGGUCAUAAGGGAAUGCCUAAAUGGUGAAACGAAAUCAACUCCGGCUAAAAUGAUAGAAAUGCAACCGUAUGUCUAUGAAUUUCGUUACUUGUUGCCUUCAUGAAGAGAUAGGAAAGCAAAGAUAAUCCUCAACGAGAAUUAAAAAGGCUUAACUUCAUGUUAAGUCAGUCGAAGAUCACAAUAGGAGAACAGUGAUGCAUUAUUUUUUAGUCUUUACAUUUUUCAUUUCUUGUUAACUUAGAUAACUAGCCAUUGUAAGUUUGUGCACAUAUUAUUUUCAGUCACAUUGUAUGUUAUCAAACAUAUGUUAGCUAAUAAAGUACGGAGUAAUACCGUAUGUCGAUCAAUAAAAAGUACUCCCCAUCC